CGUUUUAUUAUUUCGCGUAUGGAAGUAACAUGCUGGACAGAAGAAUACAUUUAAGAAAUCCAACAGCAGAAUUUUAUUCACCAGCUGUACUAAAGGGUUACAGAUUAGACUUCAACCUGUACGUACCGUCGUGGCGCGGCGCCGCGGCCACGAUCGUCACAGACCCUGGUAGCUCCGUUUGGGGUGCCGUCUGGAUCAUAGAGAGGAAGCAGAUGUAUCGCCUUGAUGAGCAAGAAGGUGUAAACCUAAGAUGGUAUAUCCCGAUAAAUGUAACCGUCACCACGCCCCAAGGAAGAGAUCACAUUGCACGAACCUACAGAGAAAGCAUUCUUCUUCCCAAAUUGAGCGAAGGUGAAACACUUCCACCGGCCAGGAGGCCGUCAAACACGUACUUACAAGUGAUGAUUCUAGGAGCAUAUGAAGCUGGAUUACCUCCGCAAUACAUCGGAUAUCUUCACACAUUCCCCACCAACGGGAGGAUUGCCGAUAGCCAUAUACGAAAUAAACUCGGCUAUCCUUUCAAUGUCUCUUUAUGA